AAUGUUGCAGGGUGUAGCUGGUAAAUUACAAGGGUGUAGAUAGCAAUACCGAAAGUUUAGCACUUUUUCUCUGGCGCAUACUUCACUCUAUUCUAUCGGUCCUUUUCUUGUCGAGUGAGAUAACAAGGCAAGGAAACAAACAUGGCAGCUAUUCGGAUGAUAGAUAUAGCCGUCAACUUCACAGAUGGCAUGUUUAAGGGAAUCUACAAUGGAAAACAAUGUCAUGUUGCUGAUAUACCAACAGUUUUGAACAGGGCCUGGGCUGCUGGUGUUCACAGAAUCAUUGUAACUGGUGGAUCUCUUCAGGAAUCAAGGGAAGCUCUUGCCAUUGCUGAAACAGAUGGAAGACUUUUCUGUACAGUUGGUGUGCAUCCAACACGUUGCAAGGAAUUUGAGGAGAGUGGAGAUCCAGAAAAUCAUUUUCAAGCUCUUUUGUCAUUGGCUAAAGAGGGAAUUCAGAAAGGAAAGGUGGUUGCAGUUGGAGAAUGUGGAUUAGACUAUGACCGACUUCAUUUUUGCCCGGCAGAGAUUCAAAAGAAGUAUUUCGAGAAGCAGUUUGAAUUGGCAUACAUCACAAAAUUGCCUAUGUUUUUGCACAUGCGAGCAGCAGCUGAAGAUUUCUGUGAAAUAGUUGAGAAAAAUAAAGACAGGUUCUCUGGUGGUGUCACCCAUUCAUUUACUGGUACUACGGAUGAGUGCGUUAAGCUUCUCUCAUUUGAUAAAAUGUACAUUGGCAUAAAUGGGUGCUCUCUGAAGGCAAAUGAGAACCUUGAUGUUGUCAAGGGUAUUCCUAUUGAGAGAAUGAUGAUUGAGACAGACUCACCAUACUGUGAAAUAAAGAACACUCAUGCCGGAAUGGGUUUUGUUAAAUCUAAGUGGUCUUCUAAGAAGAAAGAGAAGUAUGAUCAAGAGUGCAUGGUCAAAGGCCGCAAUGAACCUUGUUUAGUUAGGCAAGUUCUUGAGGUGGUUGCUGGCUGUAAAGGCAUCAAUGACACGGAUAACCUCAGUAGAACAUUGUACCACAACACUUGCAGGAUGUUUUUCCCGCACGACAUGGAUUCUGCAGCUGAUGCUCUUCUAGCUGGCGAUAAUUCUGCAUAAAAAACAGAUGACAAACGUGUUGAUGGUUUGGCUCUUCUCGUUGCUGUUAUUCAAACCUGUUUAGAUGCUCAGCUACUCCAUCCAACAUUUUCUUGGAAGAGCGUAUAUAUAGCAUCUUAAGUGAAACUGAAAUUGUUUUGGCAGUCUGCCAAGUAUGAGUGACAGAUUGUUGUAUUCUAUUUUCACAAACAUGUAAUAUAAAAACCACCUAUACUAGAGAAGCCAAAAGAUUCCAAUAGGCAACUAUGUUUUUUUAAUUGAGUUAUGCCGGUCAUGGUUUGUUUCGACCCGUGUUCUCUAUUGCCUUGGAAAAUUGUACCUAUGUUUCUGUGGAAACUAAUCAGCACAAGUUCAAAAUCGGUGUAAUUUUAAUGCUUAUGUGACUA